UAUGAAACGGAGGAAGUAUAAAAUAGGCUGUAUUUUUAAUUUGCUACUAUGCUGAAGCGACAAGAGUAAUACCGUAGAAUUCUUAGGGUAUUUCAUUGUUAGCCAGCGAGUAGAUUUUCUCCUCACUAUGGACUAUUUAUAUUUGACUGUGAUUAAAAAUACUUAACUCAACCACGGUUAAAUUAAAUCCCCACUCUCUACUUAUAGCAGUUUUGGAUAUCAUCUUUCUCCAUUAUCAUUCACCAUGACUUGUCUCCCUUAAGAGAAAGGAAAAGAUUUCACUAAACCAAAUACAAAACACCGAGUUUUAACUCUGAUCCACUCACUGAGUUAAAUCAUUCCAAAAAAUGAUGAUGAUCCAUCAACACCAUCAUCCAACCGUUGAUAUUCCACACUGGGAUCCUCUUUAUGAAGAUCCAACGACACCAAUUUUUUCCCCACAAACAAACCAUUAUUUUUCCGCUUUAAAUCACUAUUUACCCUCCUCCGAGUUCGACGACUCGGAUUCCGAGUCUUCCGAUUUCCCAUUCGACUCAUUCAACUGUGAUAACUUCCGAAUGUACGAGUUUAAGAUCCGGAAGUGUGCGCGUGGGAGAUCGCACGAUUGGACUGAGUGUCCGUACGCUCAUCCAGGUGAGAAAGCACGCCGGAGGGAUCCACGUAAGUACCAUUACUCAGGAACUGCUUGUCCGGAGUUCCGUCGUGGAAGUUGUCACAGAGGUGACUCGUGCGAGUUCGCUCAUGGCGUGUUCGAGUGCUGGCUUCACCCGGCUCGUUACAGGACUCGUCCGUGUAAAGAUGGAUCUCACUGCAAACGUCGUGUAUGUUUCUUUGCUCACUCCCCUGAACAACUUCGUAUUCUCCCUUCCAUUUCUGAAUCUCCUGCAAGUCCACUCGGUUGUGAUUCCGUUGAUCAUCUCCGAGUUCUGCCUCCUCUUCCCGAGUCGCCUCCGAGUCUGAACAUCAAAUCGGGUGUCGUACAUAACAAUGGGUAUUCUCCGACCUCUGUUUUUGACUCGUUCUCUGACUCGCCUCCGUUAUCACCGAGUUACGGGUUAAACUCAGUGAGUGAACUCGGAAAUGCUUUAAGAGGGUUACAGAUUGGCAAAAUAGGGAUGGGACCCAGGAAUGUGUGGGGGGUUCAGUUGAGUUCAUCCCCAAGGAGUCCAAGAGGGUACAUAGGUAAUCUGCCUACCACUCCAACUCGGAUACCGACUCGGUCAGGACUCAGCCUAGUUGACCCGUGGCAUAUUAAUACCGAGGAGGAAGUUCCAAUGGAACGAGUUGAAUCGGGUAAAGAUUUGCGAGCAAAAAUAUACGCGAAGCUGAGCAAGGAAAACUCGUUGGAAAGUGAACGAGUUGGAUCAGUGAGUUCAGUACCUGAUUUAGAGUGGGUUUCUGAGUUGGUGAAGUGAGUACUGAUGACGUGGAUGGAUAAUAUUUCAAAUUAAAAGUAUAAUAAAAAUAUUAUUAAUAAUAAUAUCUGGGUAAUUAAAGAAUUUAUUUCGGAUUUAAAAAUUACCGAUUGUGAAUAUGAAGACGAAUUUCAACUUUUGGUUCACUUGUAAAUAUUGGGAAAAAAAAAUCUAGUCUUGAGGAUUGACCGUUGUGCAGUAAAAAUGUUUCUUAUUAUGCGAGUUUUCUAUAUUGGAAGUAUUUUGUAAGCGGGGUAAAAGUAGUAAAAAGGUAAAACAAAAAGGGUAAAAAAAUGGAUGUACAUGUACUUGUACUUGUACAUGUACAUGUACUGUAUUGUACAGAUGGGAAUUGGGAAAUUAGAAGAAUUAUGGAUUGGAUUGUAUUUUUUCUUGAAUUAUUAUGUUUCAUUGUCGGAUUAUUAUUAUUUAUUUAUAAUUAUGAUUUUA